AUGGCGUCUUUCGAAAAAGCUGCUAAAGCUGGUCAGAGAAUACAUCGAGAAAGAGAUCAACCAAGUGAGAGACGAAAGUUUGGACACUUAGAGAAGCAUAAGGAUUAUCUUCUUAGAGCAAGAAAUUAUCAAAAAAAAAAAGAGCAACUGAAAAAAUUGCAAAUACAGGCUCGUGAUAAAAAUCCAGAUGAAUUCCAUUUUGGUAUGAUCAACGACCGCGUUAUCGGCGGAAAACAUGUCAUUGCCAAGGAUAAUAAUAAGCAACGACCUUUCAAGUACCGGAAAGCUCAAGUUGUAGAAAUGCGACGAAUUAAGACCAGAGAACUACGUGCAAUCUUGUUAGAAAGCGCUGACCAAAAAAAGACUAUUGAAAAAUUGCAGUGUAGUCUUAGCCUUUACGAAAACAAAACAGGAUUUAAAAAAUCAAAUUCUCAUCUUAGAUUUUACGAGACAACUGAUGAAAAAAAAGAAUUAAUGAAUUCUCAAGAUAGCACAAAAGAUGAGAUCAAGUUGAACGCUAAAAAUACCAAAUUAAGUCAUUAUAAGAAACAGUUACAGGCUAGAUUAAAUCGAUUACAAGAACUUCAAAAAGCGGAGCGUCAGCUACAAUCUGAAAUUUUACAAAUGGGUCAAUCUGCUAAGAAGAAGAUGGUGAAAACGUAA